CUUAAACUCUCUCUUCUCUCUCAAAAAUCAAACACAGAGAAAUUACCCAAAGAAAAUGUCAGAGGCUAAUGCAUACGCAGCUCUCACCAAGGCUUUCUCAGGACUUGGUGUGGAUGAAAAUUUAUUCAUCUCAACACUGGGAAAAUGGAAUCGGCAUCAGAGGGAAAUCUAUAGGGUUAGCACCCCUGGAUUCUUCAAAGAAGAUGAACGCCAAUUCCAGAGAUGGGACGAUCACCAUAUCCUACAGCUUCGCCAAGAAUUUUUGCGUCUUAAGGAUGCAGUGGUAAUAUAUACAAUGCACCCAUGGGAAAGAGAUGGUCGUUUGUUUAAGGAGGCAUUGUUAUUGAAAGUACCUCAACUUAAUGUUCUAAUUGAGACUGCUUGUACUAGAUCUUCUGAAGAGCUUUUGGGAGCAAGAAGAGCCUAUCAUUCCCUUUUUGACCACUCAAUUGAGGAAGACAUUGCUCACCGUAUCCAAAAUCCUGAAAGAAAGCUUCUAGUAGCUCUAGUGACUUCUCACCGUUAUGAAGGGCCAAGAGUAAACGACGAUCUUGCAAAAUCUGAGGCUAAGGUAUUUGUGAAUGCACUAAAAGAUGCUAAGAAGAAUCUCGUUGAAGAUGAUGAGAUUAUGAGGAUCCUUUCACACAGAAGCAAGCUUCAUCUUAAGGCUCUCUAUAAUCACUACAAGGAAAUGACUGGCAACUACCUGGACGAGGAUCUUGAUGGUGAAUUGACCUUGAAACAAGUUGUUCAAUGCCUUUGUUUACCUCAAACCUACUUCAGCAACAUAUUGAUCGCGUCCUUAAGAUUGGAUGUGGAUGAAUCUGCUAAAGACUCAGCCACUCGAGUGAUAGUUACAAGAGCAGAUGUUGAUAUGAAGCAAAUCAAAGAAGAAUUCCACAGCAAAUAUGGAACCACCUUACCUGCAAAGAUUGAAGAAGUUGCUAAUGGAAGCUACAAGGAUUUCUUGCUUACUAUAAUUUCAAAAUCUGACUAAUUAAUGUUGGCCAGAUUUUGGCAUUAUCCAAAUUUUCCAUCAAUUGUUGCAUGUUCUCAGAUGCUUGUUUUGCCCUCUGCUUUAAUUUGUUUUGAAGUCCUUUGCUCAAUACAUGUAUGAUUUCAAUGUUUCCAUUUCAAAUAAACAAUUUUAAUAUCAUAUUUUUCAGCUUCCUAAUU